AUGGUCACAAUUACUUUUAAAAAUGGAUUACUCAAGAAUAAGCGGUCACGGCAACAACCUCAACCAAAACAGCAACCAACUCGACAACAACAACCUCAACCACAACGGCAACCAACUCGACAACAACAACAACCUCAACCACAACGGCAACCAACUCGACCACCACCACAACCAACUCGACCACCACCACAACCAACUCGACCACCACCACAACCAACUCGACCACCACCACAACCAACUCGACCACCACCACAACCAACUCGGCCACCACCACAACCAACUCAACAGCAAACUCCACUACAAGCACAACAACAACCAACUCGACAACCGACUCGACUUCCACAGACCCAACCAUUAAUUCCGCCUCAGCCAAAGUCAAUUCCGCCUCAACCAAAGUCAAUUCCGCCUCAACCAAAGUCAAUUCCGCCUCGGUCAAAUUUACCUCGGACAAAUCCAAUUGCAUCUCAACUACCUCGGUCAAAAAAUGUUCAACCGCCUCGGUCAAAUUCAAUUCAUCCUGGUCUGCGAACUACAUAUGCCCCUCCUCCUGUUCUCAAACCUUCGAAUUCUCCAAAACCUUCGAACUCUGCGCAAAAAAUUCCUAUUACCAAACAUUAUACAUCUACUACUGAUGUUUGUUCAAAUAAUCCAUACUGUAAAACUGACACCAAACAAGAUAGUGGUAAAACUGUAACUUCAGAAAAUCAUGACCAUCAUAUCACGACUAUCAUACCACAAAAUUACGAUAGCAAUACAAUAACUGCAUUCGUAACUACAGUAGUCACAGUAACUGUUACAGUAUAUGUUCCAGGAUAUACAACUACUGUUACUGAGUUCAAUAAUGAUGAAUUAACAACCUAUGAAACUUACUAUCCACCAAGUACUUUAAUUGUCUUGCAAACUGUCACUUCUGUUGCACCCGCCGAAUUUGCGUUUGACGAGAGUAAAGCAAGAAGAUUGAGUCAUUAUG